UGGCAUCUGCAUCCUGGUACUGAUAACAGAAUGUACCCAGUCUACCUCGGUACUUUGUGGCUGUGUGCAAAGAUCCUGAUGUCAAGCCAAACAAAUGCGACAGAUUUUGUUGGCAUUUUAACUGGUGACGAUAACCUCACAGUUUUCGCGGACGGACGUCUUGUUGGCUACGACGACUCCUGGAGCGCGGCAAGGUGGUUUACAUUCCCUAUUGAAACGAAAGUCAUUGCUGUGUCUGUUUACAACUUACCAGGUCAUAUCGGUGGAUUUCUAGGCGUGUUUAGCAACGGAGUGGCCACAGAUGGUACCUGGAAAUGCAAAGAAAUCCUUAUUAGACCAGACGAUGGAUGGGAGCAAACCAAUUUUAAUGAUAGCACAUGGCCACACGCUUACGUCAGACAUGAUAAUAGUGAUCCGCUCGCUGUAGCGGUGAAGGUGCUGCAAGGUAAGUUACAAAGAGUUAUGGAAUGGAUGUUGAGUCAACCCGACUAG